AUGCAGGCGAGCAAUCACCAGCAAUACGGCUCAGACGAUGCGGAUCGUCGUAACCGCUUCCUUUCCGACCAUGGCACGGACACGCCCAACAGCCUCAGAGAGCGCGCCGCCAGCCAGCCGCCAAGAACCACAAGCCAAGGUUUCCUCUCCUCUCCGAUGCAGCCCAUGAGAAACCCCUCAGGAGGUGUCUGGCCUCGAUUGUCUGGCCUAAACCCUAACAAUACUUCUGGUGCCCUCCCUCAGUCUGUUCCCACGCGCAGUGCUUCCUUCUCCUCCUCUCCCCCCAACCAACAGGGCCUGUUCACGUCCGCCAUGCGCGACUCACGUUUUGCCUCCACGUUUGAGGAUGACGAGUCUGAAGCGCUCUCCGACGCCCAGGACUCCUAUGAUGCCUACGACGAGCGGUACGUCAGGCCCUCUUUCCAAGGUACCCGUGGGCGUACCUACGCAGCGGAUUUAACGCGCAGCAGAUCCCAAUCCUUGGCUACCACGCGCCCGGGCGCCAUAGGCAGUGGCCUGCCACACGGCUCCUCUGCCCUCUGGAAUGACUCAUCUUUUACGGGUGCCAAAAACAUUCCCUCCUCGCGGUACAAUGAGCUCAGACCACCGGGGAACAGCCGUUACGGUUCGCUUGGCGCUCUAGGCCGCUCAGCUUCCAGUGGGUACGGCUCGAUCACCGACCCGUCGAACAUGAGCCCAUUCGUGCGUGACGUCGGGCAGAUCCUGCUCGACGACGGCAGCGCGUUUCGCGAGCUCUGGUCGGGUACGCACGACGAGCACGGCGGUGGCGGGAGCGGCACGACGAGCCGGCGACAUAGCGUCAGCGUCGUGCAGCCUCGCAGACCCAUUGUCGGCUUCAACGUGCCAGGCAGCGAUGGUACUGAGGAGAUGAGCCGUCCGGGCCCCUUCCACUCCGCAUCAUUCGCCGGUGGUGGCGGCCUGCUGCUCACUGACGACGACCUCGCGAGCGACCUCAACAUGCUCAGUUUGCGCGAGGACUCACGCCCCACUUCUUCUGGGAUGCAUCCGCCCAGCCAGCCGUCGUCACUCCCCAUAUAUGCGCCGCUCUCGCGCAGCCCGCCGUCUGCUGUGGACCGCCUCUCCCCGUACCAGCCGCUGCACCUUAGCAUCCCUGGUGGCGGCUCGUACGCGUCGCGCCAGUCAAUCGGCUCUCCGAGUGAUAGCGGACUCUCGGGUGGGAGCCCGUCGCUCCUCCAGUUAGACACGCUCGUACAGGCACAGGCGCAGGCGCAGGACAACGGCUAUAUGCGUGGCGCGGGCACGGCACGGUUCGUCCCCGGGCAUGGUAUCCAGCACAUCCCUGAGCAGCGCGUUGCGCCGCCGAUCUCGCCCGUCGGGCUGCGCUACGCGCACUCGCACUCGCCGCCGAUCCAGCGGCGUGCGUCCGAAGCGGGGAAUAAGGCGCUGGCCGAUCUUGGCAAAGGCGUGCCACUGCGCUCGGUGCCGACGUCUUGGCCGCUGUUCAUAGUUGAGUUCAAGGCGGGGCGCACAGAUCUGUUCUAUUGCACAGACCUCGCGCUGGACAUCCGUGUCGGGGACCUGGUGAUUGUCGAGGCCGAUCGUGGGCGCGACCUCGGCAAGGUCAUUAACGAUACCAUCACCUUACACGAAGUAGAGGCUUUCCAGAAGCAGCAAAAGCUAAUCAAUGGCGGGAUUCCGGACACACCUACCAGCCCGACCAGCGGAGGUGGAGGUGGAACAAAGGAAAUAAACCCCAAGAUGAUAUAUGGGAAGGCUACAUCACAGGAUACGCAGUCACUCGCCAUGAAGAUGCAGGACGAGGCUAAAGCGCUUGAGUUGUGCCGUAGUAAAGUGCGACAGAGAAAACUGCCCAUGGAGGUCGUCGAUGCCGAAUACCAGUGGGAUCGACGCAAGCUAACCUUCUAUUUCGUCGCCGAAAAGAGGAUUGAUUUCCGUGAACUCGUGCGGGAAUUGUUCCGUCUAUACAAAACGCGUAUCUGGAUGGCCUCCCUCAAUGGUCCGGGAGGCUAUGAACAAUAA